AUGCUGUCGCUCCGCACCCUCGGCCCCAAAGCCGUGCUCAAGCAGGCAGCCGCGGUGGGCACCAUUUCCGAGGCCACCGUCUGCGACCACCGCGAGCUUGAGGAGUGCUACCACGAGGUGGUCAACUCGUCCAAAUACGAGCACCAGCAGCGGUUCGGCAACCAGUUCACGUGGGAGCUGGCGCGCCACUCGGUCGGCGAGGAGCUGGUCGUGUACCCGGCCAUGGAGCAACACCUUGGCGACAUCGGCCCCGAGCUGGCCGAGACGGACCGGCGCGCGCACCACGAGGUCAAGGCGCUCCUCAAGGCGCUCCUCAAGGAGUUCCAGGGCAUACAGCCCGCCGACAUCAACUACGUCCCUAAGCUCAAGCAGCUGUGGGCCAAGCUGGCCGAGCAUAUCAAGCACGAGGAGAGCGACCUGCCGCGGCUCGAGGGCGCGCUGAUGUCGGAGGUGUCCGGGGCCAUGGCCAAGAGCUUCGGCCGCACCAAGAGCUUCGGCCGCACCAAGGUCUUUGCGCCCACGCGCAGCCACCCCAGCGCCGGCGAGCACCCGCCCUUUGAGACGGUCACGGGCCUGAUGAGCGCACCCAUCGACCCGCGCCCAUCGACCGGAUUGCCGACAUGUUUCGCAAGUUUCCCUGGUGGCUGCCAGGAAGGAGUUGAAUAA